UCACCCCCUUCUCGGGGCGACCGGACGGGAGCCAGCCGCGGCUGUUGCGCGGAGCUGGAGCCAUUGUAGGCGGCAGCGGAGCAAGGGGGGCAGGCAGCCCGCAGACCUGCUGGAGCUCACAGCAGCCUGGCGCCCUCGGCCCGAAGAUACAUUUGCUCAUAAAGGAGGAAAACCGGAGUCAUAGAAUCGUUUAGGUCGGAAAAGACCUUUAAGACCAUCAAGUCCAACCAUUCAUGGCAAGGGUAAACCACUGAAUUUUAUUAGCAAUUCUGCCAGAGUGAUACUAUCGGUAAAGAUGUCAUACUUAAUGAAAGGAGUUAAAUGUUGCAGUCCUGUGAAUCAGAUGCGCAAAGUAAUGGGAGCUCUGUUUAAAGCACAUUCCAUAAAGAAAACUUCACGUACAUUAUCUCAACUUAGUUCUGAAAAGGCAAACUCCUUUAAUUAUGUCAUCGUUGGAGCUGGGUCAGCAGGGUGUGUGUUAGCCAACAGAUUGACUGAAGAUCCUCUCAGUACUGUACUUCUUUUGGAAGCAGGCCCAAAAGAUACCCUUAUAGGUAGUAAAAGACUGAUGUGGAAGAUUCACAUGCCUGCUGCAUUAACUUACAACCUCUGUGAUGAGAAAUAUAACUGGUAUUACCACACAACAGCACAAAAACAUAUGGAUAACCGAAUUAUGUACUGGCCCCGAGGAAGAGUGUGGGGUGGCUCAUCUUCUCUCAAUGCCAUGGUGUACAUCCGUGGGCAUGCAGAAGAUUACAAUCGAUGGAGCAGGGAAGGAGCUGUUGGAUGGGACUAUGAGCAUUGCUUGCCCUAUUUUAAGAAGGCACAGAAACAUGAACUGGGGCCAGACCUGUACAGAGGUGGAAAUGGACCCCUGUAUGUGUCAAGAGGGAAAACAAACCACCCUCUUCAUCAUGCAUUCCUGGAGGCAACCCAGCAGGCUGGGUAUCCCUUCACAGAUGAUAUGAAUGGCUAUCAGCAAGAAGGAUUUGGCUGGAUGGACAUGACUGUACACCAAGGUCAAAGAUGGAGCACAGCUAGUGCUUACCUUCGCCCAGCCCUAUCACGCCCAAAUUUGUCAGUUGCAGAGAAGACCCUCGUAACAAAAAUCUUGUUUCAAGAGACAAAAGCCAUUGGUGUUGAGUAUGUGAAAAAUGGCCAAAGUAAAAAGGCUUUUGCCAGUAAAGAUGUCAUUUUAAGUGGAGGUGCCAUAAAUUCUCCACAGCUGCUUAUGUUGUCUGGGAUUGGUAAUGCAGAUGAUCUUAAAAAGCUGGGGAUCCCUGUUGUUUGCCAUCUUCCUGGAGUAGGCCAGAACCUUCAAGAUCAUUUAGAGGUGUAUGUCCAGCAAAAGUGCACCAAACCUGUUACUCUAUAUAAUGCACAAAAGCCAGUUAACAUGGUGAGGAUUGGUCUAGAGUGGCUUUGGAAGUUUACAGGUGAGGGAGCUACUGCCCACCUAGAAUCUGGUGGUUUUAUCCGCAGUGAACCAGGGGUUCCUCACCCUGACAUUCAGUUCCACUUUCUCCCUUCUCAGGUGAUUGAUCAUGGUCGAGUUGCUUCCACAAUGGAAGCUUACCAGGUCCACGUGGGACCCAUGAGGACCACAAGUGUGGGCUGGCUAAAGCUGAAGAGUACAGACCCAAAUGACCAUCCGAUCAUUGAACCUAACUACAUGUCAACAGAAAGAGAUAUUUGGGAAUUCCGCCAGUGUAUCAAGUUGACCAGAGAGAUCUUUGCUCAGAAAGCUUUUGAAAAAUUUCGUGGACCUGAAAUUCAACCAGGAAACCAUGUUCAGUCUGACAAAGAAAUAGAUGCUUUUGUAAGGCAGAAGGCUGACAGUGCUUAUCAUCCUUCCUGCACCUGUAAAAUGGGUCAGCUUUCAGAUAGCACUGCUGUAGUUGAUUCCCAAACAAAAGUGAUUGGUGUUGAAAACUUGAGAGUUGUAGAUGCUUCAAUAAUGCCUAGUGUUGUCAGUGGAAAUUUGAAUGCCCCAACUAUUAUGAUAGCAGAGAAAGCUGCAGAUAUAAUCAAGGGCCUCCCAUCACUUCAGGAGAAAAAUGUUCCUGUAUAUAAGCCCAAGACCUUGGAAACACAGAGAUAAGCAUUCUUAUCCUUUCACAUCUUUUUCCACUUAGACUUUCAUCAACCUGUUGGUACCUCGUACUGAACAUGCCAACAAAAUAAAUUCCAUGCAGAACAACAUACUCUAUUCAAAUAACUAUUACUUCAACCAUUCUCUUAUCUUAGAGUACCUAUUAAGUUUUUAUU